CCCACCACCAUCAGGCUCGCCCUGAAAGCGCUGAGCCGCAUUGAGUCGACUCUGUCCAUUCCAGAAGUAGCAGAAGAUAAAAUAUUGAGAAGCAGCAAGUUUCAAGGCCUCAGCAGCGCUUGCGACGUCGCAGAAUCAACUGUGUUGGCGAAGCACCUGAGCGACCGCGGUCCGGUUCCCUUGUCUGUUCCCUCUGCUUCUCAUACUCGUCCAUGGGCCCAUGUUUCUCUCUGAGAUGGAUGGGAUAUCCCCCUCGUUUAUGUCUGCCUCGUCGAGUACAAUCAAGCUCGUUAUCAUCGGACCGUCGGGCGUAGGGAAGACCAGCUUGAGGGGACAGUACAUAUCCGGCAGGUUCAGCGCAGGGUAUCGCGCGACCAUCGGCGCAGACUUCAUCACAAAGACACUCCCCCAUCCCUCAAGGCCGGACGAGUCGGUUGUUCUGCAGAUAUGGGACACAGCCGGCCAGGAGCGCUUCUCGUCGCUCUCCUCUGCGUUCUUCCGGGGGGCGGACGCCGCGGUGCUGUGCUUCGAUGCGAACGACCGGCAGUCAAUGCGCUCGCUGACCAAGUGGUGGGACGAGUUCAAGCAAAGAACGCCAGUGGCGGACGAGGACCUCGAAGAGUACUGCUGCGUGGUUGUGGGGAAUAAGACAGACCUUGUACGCGACGGUGCAGAAGGGGCCGUCGGCCUUGCAGAAGCGGAAGCUUUUCUCGAGGAGCUCGUCCCCAUUGUCGCACGAUCACCAGCGCAGGCCAGGGCGAAUGGCUGGCAUACCCCAUUUCCCAAUGGAUGGCAUACACCCCCUCCAUUGCACACAGAAUCACCAACAACAUACCAACCACCAGUCGAGUUCCCCACCAAAGCAUCCUCCCCAAGACCCGCAUCCCCGCUUGCUGGCCUCUCACCAGGUCGCGUGCGCUCCAAGUCGAUAUCCAUCGUCGCCCCCCAUCGUCCAUCGCGACAUUCCGUGCGCGCAUCCUGCUCCCCCAGCGAUCGCGGCAACGCCUCGCGCUCGCGCUCCCGCUCCUCCAGCCGCUUCUACACAGGCACAAUGACCACGACCGCGACGGGCAUGUCCAUCUACCACACACCAUCAUCAUCCGUCUUCGACGUAUUUCACUCCGCGCGCGCGUCGCCCGAACCGUCGAUCUCCCCCUCGGGCUCGUACGCGCGCUCGAGGCGGUCCACACAGGCGAGCGCGAGCACGGUGACUAUCACGCCCAGUUUGUUCGCGCGCGAGCACGAUGCGGAUGGGGUGCAGAUGCAGGAUGCAUGCGCGGUACAGGACGCCACUCCCGAGCUCGGCCCACGCCUCUUCUUCGCGUCAGCCAAGACGGGCGAGAACGUCCCGGACAUCUUCGAGUACGUCGCGCGGCGUGUCAUACAAAGGUGGGAGCGCGAGGAGCGGCGGAUGGGGUUCGGCGAGAACGACAAUCCGAGCGUGGUGCACCUGAACCAGGUGGAGGAGCGGGGAAGGCCAGGUAGGGGAGUGGGCGCUUGCUGUUGAGUGCAGUGGGCGUCUGCUGCUCGGAGUGCGUGUUGCUGCGCAAGUCGAGAGCAGUGGGCGCUUACUGGGCGAGUUGAGCGCGGUAGGAGUCUUUGUCAAUUGGCGCACGGGGCCCGUCGUCUUCGCUUUCAAAGGGACAUUGGAUACCAAUUCUAUCUAUCGAGUUAUCGUUAUUAGCUAUAUGUACUUUACAACAUUGGUGAGAUUGGGAAACCGCUC